AUGGUGUCGGAAGGUGUGAGCUUUAAGAGCUCUUUCGUAAUAUUUAUUAUAUUGACCAUACUUAUUAAGAAUCUGCCUAAAGAUACGAGAAAUGACACACAUAUAAAUCAAGUAAACAUUGAAAAACUCGUAGCCGCAUGGGAAACUUGUCAAGUGAAAAUUUCUUCCGUAGUACCGAAGUCGGCGAUAGAGCGAGACCUGAAGGCAAGACAAAUUCUAACGCCGAGCAGCAAAUGUGUGCUGGCUAUUAGACUGCUAAACUGUUGUUUAGCAGCAAAUCUCAUUCUGCUAUGUAAUGAUGUAAAUGAAAAUCCAGGUCCUGAUCAAGUUAACGUUUCAGAGAUUAAAGGCCUUCGUAUUAUUCAUCUCAAUGUAUGCAGCCUAUGCAAUAAGAUGGCUGAAAUCCGCCUUUUCUGUGAUAGACACAAGCCACACAUUCUUUCAUUGAACGAGACGUGGCUUGAUGGAUCAUUUCCUGAUAAUCAAAUGUCACUAGCUGGAUAUAGACUUAUUAGACAGGAUCGAGAUUGCUAUGGCGGUGGUGUGGCAGUUUAUGUGGAUGAAUUAGCCCUGGACUUUGAACGUCUGGAAGUAAUUACUGACAUUGAAGUUAUAUGGUUUGAGUUGAAGCCGUCGAAGGGUAAGAAUAUACUGUUUGGAGCUUUCUAUAGACCUCCUAACUUUGAUGCUAUAAUAUUUGUUGAUAAGCUUGAAGAAAUGUUAAGAACCUUUGCUCGGGAUGAUAUUGAGAUGGUUUUAUUGGGAGAUUUUAAUUUUAAUUUGGCGUGCACUGCUUCAUUAAAUACGUCAGCUAGACGUUUUCUACGAGCCACAAGACGGUUUUGUUUACAACAACUGAUUAAAAAGCCCACCAGGGUUACAGAAAUUUCAAGUUCAUUGAUCGAUUUAAUAUUCACUACAAAGCCUGAACUUUAUCGUUCUGGAGUAUUCCCGGUCGGUUUUACGGACCAUUUUGCUAUCUUUGGGGUGAGAAAAUUACAUCGAGUAAAGUCCCUUCCACCUAAAUUUAUUCGGGCAAGAAAUUAUAAACAUUUCGACACUGAUUUAUUCAAGUGUGACAUUAGUCAUGUCCCCUGGGACAUUAUUGAGAUGGAAAAUGACCCUGAAUUUGCAUGGAAUUUAUUUAAAGACAUGUUUAUGUCAGUAGCUGAUAAACAUGCGCCCAUUAUUGAAAAACGUGUCCGAGGUAAGUCAUUACCCUGGAUAACACACUACAUUAAAGAUCUUAUGAAGCAGCGAGAUUAUCACCACAGAAAGGCAAUUAGCACUAAUAAAGAAAUUCAUUGGAGUAACUAUAGAAGGCUACGAAACACCGUAACAGCGAAACUUCGGAAGGAAAAGGAGGUCUAUUACAAAACACAGUUAACGGGCAAAAUUGAAUCUAAAGAAAUGUGGAAAACGAUAAAUGAAUUACUGUGUAAGAAUAGAUCAUAUGGAAGUGGUAUAAACGUAGCUCUAAAUGCCACGAGUUUUAGUCAAUUUUUUUCGACAAUUGCAACAAAAUUAUGCAAUAUUUUUAGCUCGGUUUCCUCCAUGCCCAAGAUCUUAUCUCCGAGAAUUGUAAAAGAUUUUGUGAUACGCGAAGUUUCUGUUGCUUUUGUCGUGAAUGAAUUGACUACGUUCAAACUUUCUAAAGCAACAGGCCUUGAUGGAAUAACUGCUAGACUCUUAAAGGAUUCUGGUUCUGUAUUAGCAAAACCGAUUGCGCACAUAGAAAACUUAACUAUCACUACUGGACAAAUCCCUUCUGAAUGGAAAGAGGCAAAAGUAAUCCCUGUCUAUAAAAAAGGCAAAAGGAAUGAUACAGACAACUAUCGACCCAUUUCGGUUCUUCCAUUGAUCUCGAAAGUGAUGGAACGAGCUAUACAAUUACAACUUCUUAAUUUCAUUAAGGAGAACAAUAUCCUUUCCACCCAUCAAUCAGGUUUUCGAAAACAGCACUCUACGGAAACUACUGUUGUGUCACUCGUUGAUAAAAUUCUCGAUAAUAUGGAUAAGCAAAAAACUACCGGUGCUGUUUUUAUAGAUUUAAAAAAGGCUUUUGACCUCGUGGACCUCGAUUGCUUGCUUUACAAACUGGAACAUUAUGGUAUAAGGGGGAGCAGUCUACAUUGGUUUCAAAACUAUCUAACUACACGCUCACAAAGGGUAAAAUUUGGUCAAGAUUUAUCGGACAGUGCAAGUAUUGACCAUGGUGUUCCCCAAGGUUCAAUACUUGGACCUUUACUUUUUAUCCUGUAUAUAAACGACCUUCCGAAAUGUCUUAAUGACUGUUCUAUAAGUAUGUAUGCGGAUGACACUAUGAUUCAUUACUCUGAUAAAUCAACUGCUAAAAUUCGAGACGUUUUACAAAAUGACUUUAAUAGGUUGGUGAUAUGGCUGGAACAAAAUAGGCUGGUUAUAAGUGAGGAAAAGACCAAGACAAUGUUAUUUGGAACAAAGAAAAAACUUGAUGCGGCUCAAGAUCUCAACAUCCGUCUGUAUGGGCAGAAUAUUAAACAGGUCGAGCAAUUUACCUAUCUAGGAGUUGUUUUGGAUAAACACUUAAACUGGAAGGACCAUGUGGAAGAGAUGAGUAUGAAUAUUGGCACAAGGUUAAAGAUAAUGAGCAGGAUUAGAGCAUUUUUAACAUUGGAGGCUGCAAAAGCUGUUUAUAAUGGAUUAAUAUUACCCAUCUUUGAUUACUGCGAU